UCGGGCGCGCGCUCGGGCGGUUCGCAGCGCGCGAGUCGCGUCCGGGGCCGCAGACGGCGCCCGCCGCUCGGGCCGCGGUGACAGGAGCGCCGAGCCCUCCGCCAAGGCGGAGCGUUUCCGGGGUCAAGGGACGCAAACAUGUCGGGGAUCGCUCUCAGCAGACUCGCCCAGGAGAGGAAAGCUUGGAGAAAAGACCACCCGUUUGGUUUUGUGGCCGUCCCAACAAAAAAUCCCGACGGCACGAUGAACCUCAUGAACUGGGAGUGCGCCAUUCCCGGGAAGAAGGGGACUCCGUGGGAAGGAGGCUUGUUUAAACUACGGAUGCUGUUCAAAGACGAUUAUCCAUCCUCACCUCCGAAAUGCAAGUUUGAACCGCCGUUAUUUCAUCCGAACGUGUACCCCUCAGGCACAGUGUGCCUGUCCAUCCUGGAGGAGGACAAGGACUGGAGGCCGGCCAUCACGAUUAAGCAGAUCUUAUUAGGAAUACAGGAACUUCUAAAUGAACCAAAUAUCCAAGACCCAGCUCAAGCAGAGGCCUACACGAUCUACUGCCAAAACAGAGUGGAAUACGAGAAAAGGGUUCGAGCACAAGCCAAGAAGUUUGCUCCCUCAUAAGCAGCGACCUGUGGCAUCAUAAAAAGGAAGGGAUUGGUGUGGCAAGAACUUGUUUACAACAUUUUUGCAAAUCUAACGUUGCUCUCUACAAUUACUGGUCACCUGGGGAGGGUUGGGCGGGCGCCAUUUUCCAUUUCCGCCACUGGUACAGUCUCGGCUCGCUGAAUCGCCCAGUUUUUCAUACAGGGUCUCUUCCUUCAGUCUUUUGUAUUUUUGAUUGUUAUGUAAAACUUGCUUUUAUUUUAAUAUUGAUGUCAGUAUUUCAACUGCUGUAAAAUUAUAAACUUUUAUACUUCAAUGAGUCCCAAGGAGCUAGUUCCUUUGCUCGCGGAUGCAGGCAUGCUUCACGCCGUCUAGAGCUGCACUUAGCCUUCAGCUGGCUGCACGAAACAGAAAAUCAGACCUGCCCCGCCCCACUGCCUCCUCUCCCAGAGCCCGGCUUGUGUUGCUUACGAGCCUCAGAUCCACAGUCAGCCAGCGUUGCGUUUCCGCAUCACUUCCUUUGUGUUUAUAUGGCGUUUGUCUGUGUUGCUGUUUAGAGUAAAUAAACUGUUUAUAUAAAGGUU